GCGGGAGUACGCGCGAGGAUUUACGCCGCGCUACCCCCGAUGUACUGUAACCCCGAUUCAUAACAGACCCUUUGGAUUAUUGACUCUUCAUCGGCUGUAGCCUAUCGCCAGGAGGGCCACCAAGCCAAACGCCAUAGCAGUGCGAGUGAAGUGAACCUAGAGAGUGUAAGAGAAGUGAUAUUUAAAUGUCUGCCUGGAUCUCCCGCUGUACACUAUACCUGUGUGUGUAGCGUGGAGCGACUUUUCGAGAGAGAGAGAGAGAGAAGCCGAAACGGAAGUCGUAAUGAGCUGAUUAAAAAUUUCUCUUUCUCAAAAAUUUAAGUGGAGAAUAUCCCGCUCCUCACAUGCGUUGAGGGAAAACAGCGUGCAACGUUUGCAAGGAUAUGAUGUGCAAAGCAAGUGCGAAUUCCCUGGCUUCAAAAUAUUGAUUGCACGGGAUAUAUCGGGAGAAGCUUUAUCUAGGCUGCCUUCGAAUAAUUGUCAAGGAAUGCCAAGCAGGCGAUCGAAAGUGACCUGACCUUUGCCGUGCAUCGCAUCGGGGUGAUCCCAGCAGUGUCCAGGUGUCGUGAAUACACUGAAGGCACGAGGCGUUGUUUUGAUGCGAAAUUCUCUUUUAUUCUCAUGUGAUUUUUCCUGAAGAGUGAUUGUGAAAAGUUUGAUGGGAAAGGAAAGUUGCAUUAACCGUGGUUUGCAGUGAUUGUGAAUUUAGUCGUGUAUGUGUGUUUAUGUAUUUGUGUACGCGUCGCGUUGGCCAGCGGAAACACACGCACGACCAAAACAACGCAGUGUCCUCCGUGGCCUAGAAUCGCCCAUAGGCCUAAGAAAAAUAUAUACUUGAAACGCGUGCGUGCCUGUUGUGCGUAAGUCGCCCUAGGAGGCCUGACUAAAAAAGUGAAUUACCAUACUACGGAUUACUGCGUGUCCUGUUUGAUCCCGCUCCGACUUUCUCGCUUCGACGUCGAGAAUAGAAGGGAGAAGAGAGGGAGAGCCACCGCCUGACACUGGCACGGGAAGCCUGUUGGGGGAAGGCACUGUAAUAAACAGGAAAUUGUAUGGUGUGAAAAUUAUUUGUUGCUGUGUGGUGAUGUAUGUGGUCAGCAGUAUUCGCGAUUUCUGAAAACGGAUAGUCCGGCCGCGGACCCCGAGCGAGUGUGCGAGUGGAAACUUGAGUCGCUGGAAUAUUUUCCCGGGAGGAUGCAUCGUCUUUGGCUCAAACGUUGGCUCCCGAGGCCGACCCCUUCAGAGUGACAGACCGAAAGCCGAGGCAGGACCUGCGGGUGCCUGCUGCAGCUGCUGCCACCGCCGCUGCAUCUGACGCCGCCGCCAGUGCCACUUCGUCCUCCUGCAAGAGAGCGUCCGUGGGGGUCCUUGCAGGGGAGCAGGACCUCCCCCCACGCAACAUGCCGAGCCUCGACGCCGCCACUGGAGGGAUGGAGAACACUGUGAAUAAAUAUCUGACUCCAGAGGAGCAACAGCUCCUCUUGGAUAUAAGAAGAAAGAAAGCGCAGCUAUUACAAGAAAUACAGACUCUCAAAGAUGAGAUGGCCGAGGUCACAGCGGAGAUGGAGGCGCUGGAUACGGGGGAAGACAGUAAGAGCAAUCCGAAGAGUAAACAGAUGAGCAUCGGGCGCAAGAAGUUCAACAUGGACCCCAAGAAGGGAAUCGAAUACCUUAUAGACCAUGGCCUCCUUAAGAACACGCCCGAAGACAUCGCCCAGUUCCUGCACAAGGGCGAAGGGCUCAACAAGACGGCCAUUGGCGACUACCUCGGCGAGCGCAACGACUUCAACCAGUCGGUGCUCGACGCCUUCGUCUGCCUGCACGACUUCACAGAUCUCAUCCUGGUGCAGGCGCUGAGACAAUUCCUGUGGAGCUUCCGCCUGCCGGGGGAGGCGCAGAAGAUCGACCGCAUGAUGGAGAGGUUCGCCCACCGCUACUGCGAGCUCAACCCGGCCAUCUUCAAGAACCCCGACACGUGCUUCGUGCUGUCGUUCGCCAUCAUCAUGCUGAACACGUCGCUGCACAACCCGGCCGUCAAGGACAAGCAGACCAUCGAGCAGUUCAUCACCAUGAACCGCGGCAUCGAUAACGGGGACGACCUGCCCAGAGAACUGCUCGAGAGUCUCUACGAAAGCAUCAAAACGGAGCCCUUCAAGAUCCCCGAGGACGACGGCAACGACCUCAUGCACACGUUCUUCAACCCGGACCGCGAGGGCUGGCUCAUGAAGCAGGGCGGCCGCUACAAGUCGUGGAAGCGGAGAUGGUUCAUCCUCAACGACAACUGCCUCUAUUACUUCGAGUACACGACAGACAAAGAGCCCAGAGGAAUCAUACCUUUGGAGAACAUUGAGGUUCGGGAAGUACAAGACCGCAACAAGCCAAACUGCUUCGAGUUAUAUGCCACCUCAACCGAUUUCAUCAAAGCUUGCAAGACUGACAGUGAAGGGAAGGUUGUGGAAGGCAAGCACACCGUUUACAGGAUGUCAGCUGCCACACCAGAGGAGAAGGAGGAAUGGAUUAAGUGCAUCAGACAAAGUAUCAGUCAUAACCCCUUCUAUGACAUGCUAGCCAAGAGAAAGAAGAAUAUUCAGAAGAAUAGCAGUCGGUAAUCAUACCCGUGAAGAAGUUCGCUAAUGUUUACUACAGUAGACUGAACAUUUGAACCCACCUGAACAAUGAGAGGCUGUGCACGAUAUUCGCUAUGGGACAUAUUUCAAGUUUUUGCCUGCAUUCUAGUGAAAAAUGCACAAGCGAGAGAGCCUGUAUCAAGUGCUUGCAUGUGAAAGAAAAUAUUAUACAGACCUAUCACAAGUGAAGUGAUGUUUUGAGUGCUCAGAGACACCAUCAGAAUGUAUACUUGCUUGCUUGCAUUAAACGUGAAAAGUGUGGGUAAAAAGUACAGUACGCUUUAGCAGUUGCCUCUUUAACAAAGUGUUAAAAACUUUGCAGACAUAUGCGGCAACUUAAAAGAAACUACAAAGAGGUCAUUUUAUACAGGUCUCUGCUGGACAGUGUGAUCAUUGUCAUAAAAUAUAUCUUAUUCCCUGUACCUUGUGUCCAGUCAUGAUGUCUGCAUGAACAGAAUUUAGAUUAAUUUCUAAUUGUAAAUAUGUUUGUGAAUAGUGAAAAAUUAAAUUUUAUGAGACAUCAAGGUACUGUUAACCAGUAUCAGUCAUUGAUGCCAAGUGUUUACAAAGGUAUUGUGUAAUAGUGUAAAUAUUUGUAUGUAUUUGGCUUACUUAAUUAUGUAUGUGAGGUCAAGAUAUGAAAUCUUUAGCCUCACAAUAGAGUACCAUGAUUGAAUGGAAGGCAUGUAAAAGUCAGUUUGUACCAAAUUGUGUGUUCGUAAACAUUAGAUAAAGGUUCGUAAAUGGAAUGUUAAAAGAGUGGAGGCUUGUGUGAGUGUCCAGAGUAGGUGCCGGAUGUGGCUAUAUAAUAAAGGUACUUCCAGACACCUGCAGACGUUGGUGUGUUCUGAAUUAUAUAUAUAAAAUUGCUUGGUAAAUAUAAAGUGUACCCCAGUCUGGAGGUUUUGUUUUGUUUAUAAGUGAGUCUGUGAUUUACCUUCUCAUGCUGUGAGAGAGAGAGAGAGAGAAUGAAAAUGAUGAUGAGAAAGAGAAAGAGAGUGAGUGAGAAUGAGGAUGAGAGAGAAAGAAUGAGAAUAAGAAUUAUGGCCCCAGGAACAGGUGUUUAGAAGUUACAUAACAUUGUAUACAUAUAUAGUUGGGGCCAAAGCACUUCACUCAUCUCACAUCGGAAACAUUCAGCCACACCAAAAUAAUAUCAACAGCAGAUCCUUCAUCAAAUCCAUUUAUUGUUGUACAAAGAUCUUGUUGAUGAGCAGCGUUAUGAUGUAAGCAGUAUCUUGGUGUCGUUGUUCUCUUCUGUGGAUUUGAUAUUGUGCUGCUAAUGCUGGUGAUGGAAUAGUAACACUACUCAGGUGGUGGAUAACAACAGAUAAGUGUUGUGUAAAAGCUGGCUUACUCUUCCCCCCUUCAGAGAGUGAAAUACAAAAAAUAAUAAAAAAAAAACAAUCAAAAUGUUACAGUUAGAUACUAUUUAAACUCACGUAUUUUACCCAUUGGAUUUGUCACUACACUAGUGUAAUUUAGGAUUGAAAAAAAUGCAUGCUUCUCUCAGAAACCAUUUUAAUAGGCCAUACUUCACCCCAUUCCAUUUCCAUCUUGAGGCAUGCAUUUGACGCUCAUGCUUAGCAAAACAACAAAACCCCCAAAGAAGAAAAAAUAGGAUUAAACUUUGAUCUUUCGCUAACUGGUUCUCUCUGUGGGUGUUUAGAAAGAUUCCCUCCUGGCAUGUGUUGAUGUUAGCGAGUCUGAUGUUGGGAACGCCACCCUUAUUUAUCACUCAUAGACAAAUCUAAUAUUUAGUUCCAUACGGCCCAAUAUCUGCAGUCGUAAUCAGUGGUGCAUGUUUUCACACAAGAUGCUUGGAUCUCAUACUUUUUCAUAUUUAUAAUCAUCUGUUAUGACAUGUGAUCCUGUUGCCAGUUACGAGCGCAUAGAAGACUCUCCCUCCACUCAUUUAGGUCAGCGAUCCAAAAGCACUCCCUCCCCUGCAUCAACUCUUGGCUGAUAACUGGCAAGAGAGAAUGGCAUGUUUUUAUUGCUGUGAUGGUUAUCAUAUGGUGAGUACAUAGGACUAGAGUAUUAUCCAUACUCAGGAUAUUUUAAAAUCAUAUCUUUUCUGGUUUUUGGUACGAAGGGAUAACCAGUGACGGACCUGUCAUUGGGUUGAUAUUCAUUUGUUUGUUAUCAUCUGUAUAUUUUGUAUUUUGUUUCCCCCUUCAAUCUCAUGGUAUAUAUUGUUUAAUGUUAUUUAAUAAGAAAAGCGAAAAAACAAAAGGAAAUUCCAUGUCAUUGAUAAAGGAAAACGUUAUCAAUACAGCUACCAAAGAGAUGUUUACAAGAAUUUAAUUUCUCAUUUUGUAAAACUACAACACCUGUUAUGUAUUUUUACUGCAUCUUUUUUUUUUUUUUUGUCUUUUUUUUUUGUUUUUUUUUUUUUACUUUACACAUGUAAUACUAUUUAUGGCUUUCAUUUCCAUUCAACAAAUUCUUUUUAUUACUAUCCAACAGGGCACAUGCAGGUAAUAUCUGCAUGUGGCCUGUCCAUUUUCAUUAGAUUUAAACUGUACAACAUUUCCCCUGUGGUCAAUGUCUAUAUUUGAUUAUGUACAGCCGUGAAAAGGUAUUUACCCAGUUGUAUAUAUUUCUGUAGGACUUUAUAUUAUUGUAAUUAAUAAAGUGAAGACGGUUU